UGUAAGUACUUCACAACAAGAAGAUUCAGAAGAGAAAAGGAAGCAUGGGUUUUGCUUCUGCUUAUCUUCCCUCAAGCAGCUUCUUCAAGGUGAUCACUUUCCUUGUUUUCUGUGCUAUGUGGAUGUUGCCUCAUAUGACUCUGGCAAAGCAUGCUAGAGUAACCAGACACUACAAGUUCAACAUCAAAUUGCAAAACGUCACAAGGCUUUGCCAGACAAAGAGCAUUGUGACUGUCAAUGGGCAAUUCCCUGGGCCAAGAAUCGUAGCAAGAGAAGGAGAUAGGCUCGUCAUUAAAGUGGUGAACCAUGUUCAGUACAAUGUCUCCAUCCAUUGGCACGGAGUUCGGCAAUUGAAGAGUGGAUGGGCAGAUGGGCCUGCAUAUAUCACACAGUGCCCAAUCCAAACAGGGCAAUCAUAUCUAUACAACUUCACUGUGACAGGCCAAAGGGGCACAUUGUGGUGGCAUGCUCAUAUUUCAUGGCUAAGAGCGACACUUUAUGGUCCCAUUGUCAUUCUUCCCAAAAGACACGACUCUUACCCUUUCCCUCAUCCUUUCAAGGAAGUCCCCAUCGUAUUGGGGGACUGGUGGAAAGCAGACACAGAGACUGUGAUCAACCAGGCAAUGCAAACAGGUUCAGCUCCUAAUAUAUCUGAUGCUCACACCAUUAAUGGCCUCCCAGGUCCUCUCUACAACUGCUCGGCAAAAGAUACGUUUAAGCUGAAGGUGAAGCCUGGGAAAACUUACCUGUUACGUCUGAUAAAUGCUGCACUGAAUGAUGAGAUGUUCUUCAGCAUAGCGAACCACACACUCACUGUGGUGGAAGCUGAUGCUGUGUACGUGAAGCCUUUCAAGACCAACAUUUUGUUAAUCACGCCAGGCCAAACCACCAACGUCCUUCUCACUGCCAAAUCUAGACAUCCAAACGCGUCCUUCGUCAUCGCCGCCAGGCCUUACGCCACCGGUCCAGCCGCCUUCGACAACACCACCACCACGGGCUUACUCGAGUACAAGACCAAAGCUUCACUCUCAAAACCCAACACUAAGCUUCCUCUGCUCAAACCGGUACUUCCUAAAUUCAACGACACCGUCUUCGCAAUGAAAUUCAACAAAAAAGUCCGAAGCUUGAACAGUGCGAAAUUCCCAGCAAAAGUACCAAAAACUGUUGACAGACGCUUCUUCUUCACCGUGGGAUUGGGGAUUUUGCCUUGCUCGAAGAACCAGAAUUGCCAGGGACCCAAUAAUACCAACGUAAGAGUAGCAGCUUCGAUUAACAACAUUUCGUUCGUGAUGCCAAGCACGGCCUUGCUUCAAGCCCACUUCUUCAACAAAGCCAAAGGGGUAUUCACGACUGAUUUUCCGACGAAUCCACCGUUUAAAUUCAACUACACAGGAACCCCACCAAGUAACAUCAUGGCGACGAGCGGGACAAAGGUGGUGGUUUUGCCGUACAACACAAGUGUUGAGUUGGUUCUACAAGAUACGAGCAUCAUCGGAGCAGAGAGCCACCCGCUUCACCUUCACGGGUUCAACUUCUUCAUCGUGGGUCAAGGAAACGGGAACUUCGACCCGAGAAAUGACCCGAAGAAAUUCAAUCUGGUUGACCCGAUCGAGAGGAACACUGCGGGUGUACCUUCCGGAGGUUGGGUUGCUCUGCGAUUUCUUGCAGACAAUCCUGGUGUGUGGUUCAUGCACUGCCACCUUGAAGUUCAUACGAGUUGGGGUUUGAAGAUGGCUUGGAUUGUGCAAGACGGGAAGCAACGCAAUCAUAAGCUGCCUCCUCCACCUUCCGAUCUUCCCAAGUGUUAGGACCAAACUGUCACCGUUGAUCUUAUUUCUCUCUAUUUUUUUGGCCUUAGAAAUAUUUGUGAGUUUUAUUAUUAUAAUUAUUAUUAUUUUGUUCCCAUUCUUUAAUUUUCUAUGAAGUGUAGUGUAACAGUGUGAGUUUAGGUUCUUACACAAUCAGUCCAAAUGAGAUAAGAAAUGAAGUAGAGUGAGAGUUUCAUUGUAGGGUUCACUAUUCAAUAAAAUACAUUGGUGAAUGUAA